UGAUAAAUAAGCAUUGAAGCGUUUCACAGACGGUAAUAGAGCAAAAAAGCAAAAUGUCUCUAGUCCCGUAUUGGUUGCGACAUUUGCGGAAUCUCACGUAUCGCGAUCCUUUCAUGAGAGUUUUGGAAGAUCCCUUCGCGGUAUUUGCAAAGGACCCGUUUUUCCGUGAUCCCAUAAAAUACAUGAAACAAGUGACAGCACCGUUGGAGAAUGAUCAUCAUGGAAUUGAAGGUGUUUACUCCGAUUCAGAGGUGAAAAUGGAUGGGAAGAAGGUCGAAGUACAUUUGGACGUACAGAAUUUCACCCCUGAACAGAUUCAGGUGAAAACCGUUGGCAACGAAAUAAUGGUCGAAGGUAAAAAGGAGGUAAAGCGAGAGGACGGUUGGACGAGGAGUCACUUUGAACGGAGGUUUCUGUUGCCCGAAGGUUUCCCACCAGAACGCGUGGAGUGUCAUCUGGAUAAGGGAAAGUUGAAAUUGGUCGCUUUCAGAUCGGAACCUUUGCCCGAAAGAAAUAUCCCGAUCCAAGAUAAAAACAACGACAGCAGCAAGGCAUGAUCCCUAUAAAAUUAUACUUGUAUUCGUUUAAAUGCUUAGACUGAUUAGAAUAUUUUUAUGUAAGUUUAUAAAUAGCGAAUAAAUAUCUUUCCAAUUA